AUGUUGGGCUCCGCCCACCCCGCCCAUCGAGCCGUCGCCCUGCGCCGCCCAGCCACCUCCGCCGUCCUCUCCGCUGUUCUCGCCCGGACCACCCUCCCACCGCCAUCGGCCCCUGUCGCGCGCUCCCCCUCUGCUCACCACGCGCCCCCACCAUGCGCGUCUCCGUCCCAGUUUGCCCACCGUGCACCUCCGCUUGGCCGGAGUGAUCGGGGGGGGGCAGGUUUGGACGUAUGCCGGGGGUUGCCCCGCCCGCGCUUGCCGCUCCGCAGCGUCAUCCGCGAAGGAUGGUUGCUCCCCGCGGCUUGGCGCGUAGGCAGCGAGAGCCGGUGGCGGGGCUUGGUGAUGGGCGCACGGGUGGCAGAGUCGCCAGGCGCUGGUGCGCGCGCAGCAGUGAUAGGGGUCAGCAGUGGCGAGGGGGAGGAGAGGUGGCGCGGUGAAGGGGUGGAAGUGGGUGGGGCGGAGAGGGAGGUGGGGGGCGAAGGUGGAGCGAGUGAGCAAGUGGUGUUCGAUCCCCCAGCGCUGCCAGCAGCGUUUGAGGGGGUGCAGCAGUGGGUGGUGUUCUCCGACCUCCACGUGUCGCGCCGCAAUGCAGAGCUGUGCGCCGCGCUGCUCACACACGUGCACCAGCUCGCCAAAGACAGGGCGGCAGGCGUGGUGUGUCUGGGGGACUUCUGGCAUGUGAGGGGGUCGCUGCCAGUGGAGGCACUCAACGCUGUCAUGCACGCCAUGGGACCCGCCGUGUGGACUCAACCCACCCUCAUGAUCCCCGGCAACCACGACCAGGUGUCAGUGGACGGCACGCAGCACGCGCUGGCAGUGCUGGAGCGCAUCAACCCGCACAUUGUGGUGCUCUCACGCCCCACCGUGCUGCUCGCCGCCCUCUGGCUGCCCUUCCGCCACCACGCCCCCCUCCUCUCCGCCGCCAUGCACCAAGCGCUGCACGCCCCCCCGCCCUCCACGCCCCCCAUCCGCGCCGUCUUCAUGCACGCCGACGUGGAGGGCGCGCGGCGCAGCAGCACGGAGGGCGCCAUAACACUUCCAGGGGAGGGGUUGGAUCCGCUGCUGCUGCCACCGGGCGUGCCUGUGUACUCGGGCCACCUGCACCUGCCGCACACCGUGGCCAAGGGCGGUCACAGCGUGGUGUACGUGGGGUCGUGCAUGCAGCACAGCUUUGGCGAGGCGGGGCAGAGCAAGCGCGCCGUGGUACUGCGGGGCGGCACGUGGGAGCACGUGGAGGACAUCCCUCUGCACGUGGGGCCGCGCCACUUCAUCAUCCCCACCACUGCUUUAGCCUCGCAGCCGGGUGAAGGUGAAGGAGAGUCGGGGUGGCAGGCGGGCGAGGGGUGGCAGCAGGUGGUGGCGCAGCUGCGGGCGGGCGACCUGGUGCGGUGGGAGGAGCCUGGAGGGGCGGCCGCCAAGGACACCAGAGACGCGCUGGCGUCUCUGCGUGCCACAGGCGCGUUGGUGCAGACAGUGGCAUCUCAGGCGCUCUCCCGCCCGCCCCGCAUCCUUCAGGCCGACACUCUGGAGCCCUCACGGGUGUUUGCCAGCUACGCCACUGCCGCCCACCUGCCGCCACCCGUCCUGUCUGCCGCCCAAGACCUGCUCAAGGACUUGGAAGUGCCACCCAGACUCAUGCACAGCACCAGCGCGCACGUGUGCCUGGAUGCGGUGCAUCUGAGUGGCUUCGGCCCCUUCCUCGCGCCCACCACCUACCCCCUCGCUGCACGCGGCAUCGUGCUGCUGUGUGGGCGCAACGAGGUGGCGGGGGGGGCGGCGGGCGACAGCAACGGGGCGGGCAAGACGUCGCUGGCCAUGGCGGCGCUGUGGGCGCUCACGGGCAGCAUGGACGCGCGGCCUGAGUCCCGCCAAGGGCUGCGCAUGGCCGAUGUCGUGCACCGCAGUGGCCAGGGGGAGGGGGAGGGCGAAGGGGAGGGGGAACCUCUUCCUUUGUGCCCACUUUCCCUUGCUAAACCUCUCCCCUUCUCUCCUCUCCCCUGCCUCCCUCCCCCUGUGCGCCCCUCGUGCCGGUGCAGCCGGCGGUCGGCGUUGAGGUUGGAGGUGGAGGGGCGGGACCAGACAUGCCAGGAGAUCAGACUCACGCAGGAGAGGAUCGACGCCCUCAUGGACACGUCUCUCCUGUCCCGCACCGUCUUCUUCGGACAGCACUCCACCGCAGCGCUGCUUGAAGCCAACGACGCUGACUUCAAGGCGGAGCUGAGUGGGGUGGUGGGCAUGGACGUGUGGGGGGCGGCCAGGGCGCGCAGCAAGGACGCGGUGAGGGCGCUGCAGGCACGCGUGGGGGAGAUGAGGGGCGGCCUGGCGGCGCGCAGGGAGGCCGUCAAGAAGCUGGAGCGCAUGGUGGAAGACGCAGAGGGUGCCUUCAACACCUGGGAAGCGCACAGUGCGAACCAGCGCCAGCGACAACACCCGCUCACCUCCCUCACCCCCUCACUGCCCUCACCUGCCUUCCCCACCCACACGCCCGCCACCAGGGCGGCACGGCAGCAGCGGGUGGGUGUGCAGCAGGUGGGGGCGGAGCAGCAGCUGGCAUCGGCCUCAGUGACUGCAGGGCUGAGAGAGCAGCAGCAGCGGCUGGGGGAGUUUGAGGCGCAUGUGGGGGGGGCGGUGGGGGGAGGGGAGGUGCUGGUGUGUGACAGGUGUCAGCAGCCCAUUGAUCCGCUGCAUGCGGAGGAGUGCAGCAGGCAGCUCAGGGCGGAGGUGGAGGAGACGCAGCGACAGCUGGCAGGCAAGCAGCAGGCACGGGAGGUGUUGCAAGAAGAGCUGGUGGGCGUGAGGGGAUGGCUGGAGGCACGGCAGAGGGAGAGGCGCGAGAGCGAGGAGAGGGACGCGCAGGCGAGGAGGCAGCAGCAGCAGGCGGCUAUGGCACAGCAGGAGGAGCUGAAGGCAGUGCAGCGCUACACAGCAGCGGCCUCGCAGGCCCUCGACUCGCUGCUGCUCUUCCUGCACUGCCACUCCGCCCGCCUGCCCGCCACACCACCACUGCCCCCCGCCUCUACCCCCACCACGGGCCCAGGCGUGGAUGGUGAGGGCGGGGGGGCGUGGCGGCAGGAGGUGGUGGCGGCGGUGAUCCGCGAGGCGGCCACAGCGGUGGCGGAUGCACAGGCGGCGGAGGCGGAGGUGGAGAGGUGGCGGCGGGAGGCGGAGUGCGGGCAGGCAGAGGGCAACCCGCAUGACGGGGAGCGGCGGCGGCUGGUGGAGAUGCUGGGGGAGGCACGGGGGGAGGUGGAGGCGGUGGAGGGGGAGGUGGAUGCGGGGGAGGCGCAGCUGGGCGUGAUGAAGCAAGUGGACGCCGCCUUUGGCCUCGCUGGCGUGCAGAGCUUUGUGUUGGAGGGCGCCCUGUGGGAGCUGGACGCCCAUGUGGCCCGCUACCUCGCUGCACUCUCAGGGGGCGCGCUGCUCCUGCACCUCUCGCCCACCCGCGCCGCCGCCACUGCCACCAAGGCCGCCCGGGGGAAGAAGACAAAGAAGGCCAGUGGGACGGGGAAGAGCAGGGUGGCGGAUAGCAGCACAGACUCGGAAGCGUCGAGCGACAGUGGGGGAAGUGAAAGGGGAGAGGGGGACGAGGAGGGGGCAGCAGAGGAGGCGGGAAAUGGCAGCGGGGGGGAGGGGCAGGUGUUGGAGAGGAUAGACAAGAGUGUGCGCGUGCGCCUGGCCUCAGGGGAGCUCGUCCCGCGGGCGCUGCGCCAGCUCAGCGGGGGGGAGCGGCGCCGUGUGGCGCUGGCCCUGGCGCUGGCGUUUGCUGAGCUGGCGGCGGAGCGCAGUGGCGUGCGCUACGACCUGCUGGUGCUGGACGAGGUCUUCCAGCAUCUGGACGACGAGGGCGUGGCGGCGGUGGCAGAGGUGCUGCGGUCGCUACCGCAGCGCACGGUGGUGGUGGUGUCGCAGGCCAACAGCCGGGAGGCACUCGCAGAGUUUGGCGUGGUGGACUGGGUGGUGAAGCGCAACGACGUGGCCACCGUGGAGCUCGCUCACAUGUAG